AUGCAUCGGGAAAGUACGGGAACAAACAGUGUGCCUUUAGGGCCACGGAGGCGAUUUGGACAUGAGGAGGCGGAAUCUGAGGAAAAACAGAAUGGUGGCCAAUAUAUGCCACCAUUGCCGUCAGAUUCGUCAGCACCUCUUCCACCGGGGGUUGAUGAGCCGCGGAGGUAUAAGACAGGAGGUUUACGGGUACGGAAACGGAAGAAUCGGUGGGGAACGAGCGGUCCAGAAGGGAAUAAGGCACUUGGGCUAAUUGGUCUGCCGACGGCGAUUACGAGUAAUAUGACGAAUGAGCAGCUUGAAGCGUAUGCCCUUCAUAUGCGGCUUGAAGAAAUAGGGCAGAAGCUGCGUAUUGGGGAUGUGGUGCCGCGUGAUGGGGAGAGAUCGCCAUCGCCGCCGCCUCAGUAUGAUAAUUUCGGCCGUCGGACGAAUACACGUGAAAUUCGGUAUCGAAAACGUCUUGAGGAUGAACGUCAUUGUUUGAUUGACAAAGCAAUGCGUACGAUUCCGGAUUUUAAACCUCCUGUCGAUUACCGACGACCUACAAAGACCCAGGAUAAGAUAUAUGUUCCCGUAAAUGAUUAUCCAGAAAUCAAUUUCAUUGGUCUAUUGAUUGGACCUCGAGGCAACACUUUGAAGAAAAUGGAAGCCGAAUCGGGCGCGAAAAUUGCUAUACGUGGUAAAGGAUCUGUUAAAGAGGGAAAAGGACGUAGCGAUCCCUCUGCUAACAGUAGUCUUGAAGAAGAUUUGCAUUGUCUCGUCAUGGCAGAUACUGAGGACAAAGUCCGUCAUGCUAUUAAGUUAAUUGAAAGUAUUAUCGAAACUGCGGCAUCUGUUCCUGAGGAACAGAAUGAUCUUAAACGACAACAACUGCGUGACCUUGCAAUGCUUAACGGUACACUUCGUGACGACGAAAACCAAGUUUGUCAAAAUUGCGGAAAUGUUGGUCAUCGUCGAUUCGAUUGUCCUGAGCGUCAGAAUUAUACGGCUAAUGUCGUAUGUCGAAUUUGUGGGAAUGCUGGCCACAUGUCUCGUGAUUGUACAAUGAGGAAUGAUCCAGAAGUUCUACGUCAAUUGAAUAACGGGAAUGAUGCUUCCGAACGUGAAUAUGAAAACCUCAUGCAGGAGCUUGGUCAAGGACGUAAUGAAGUAGGGCGAAUCGAGGGUGCUAGUGCAGCACCUUGGGCAAACCUUUCGGGUUCCAGCACUGCCCCGCCUUGGGCCAAAGCGCUUCCAGAUGCGUAUGGGGGUUCUGCACCUCCCCCAUGGGUUCAAUCUGCUCCUUCAAUACCACCGCCACCUGGUGUUUCUCAGGGUCCUCCUGGUGCAUCUUCUUAUAGUGUUCCUGGAACAGCGCCUCCAAGUUUAUCAUUAUAUGGGCCUCCUCCUGGUAUGUCUAAGUACGGUCCACCUGGUGGCAUGUAUACUUCUAUGUCACCUGGGUUAACUACAUCGACAUCUCUACCACCACAACCACCAAAUACUAGUUUUCAUUCUUUACCUCAGUCAACUAGGUCAUAUGGUAUGCCGCCUCCACCUCCGCCUCCCAUUGAUUAUAAUUAUCAUUAA